UUGUGUGAAAUUUAAGCAGUGCGUAACUCGUGGACGACCCCUAGCGGGCAAGUGGUUGAUUCAGCAGCGCAGACCGGUCCUUUUCCGCUCGCAGUACGUUCGUGCCCGUAGCUCAUUUCGCACAGCUCCAGCUCGUGUGAGAGUAAACCAUCAGCAGCAACAACAACAGCAAGAACCCCGGCCACAAGAUGUUCUCCGCCCUGCUGGACGCCGCCCGCAACUCCCCGUUCAAGGCCCCCUUCACCAAGGUGCAAUGUGAGCCCACGACGACGGAAGCCGGUUCCACGAGCCUGGUGCCGUCGCGCACGAUCGCCGCCGCCGCCAGCAAGGAGGUCGAGUUUGGCUCGAACGAAUUCUUCGGCCUGUGCGCCGUCGGCGGUAUCCUGUCCUGUGGUAUUACGCACACGGCCGUCGUGCCGCUCGAUCUGGUCAAGUGCCGGCUGCAGGUCGACCAGGCCAAGUACAAGAACCUGUUCCACGGCUUCAAGGUCACCAUCGCCGAGGAGGGCGCUCGCGGUCUGGCCAAGGGAUGGGCCCCGACCUUCUUCGGAUACUCGGCACAGGGUGCCUUCAAGUUCGGUCUGUAUGAGGUGUUCAAAAUCCAGUACGCCAACAUGCUGGGCGAGGAGAACGCGUACCUGUACCGCACCUGGGUGUACCUGGCCGCGUCCGCCUCGGCCGAGUUCUUCGCCGACAUUGCGCUGUCCCCGCUGGAGGCCGCCAAGGUCAAGAUCCAGACCAUGCCCGGAUUCGCCGGCACGAUGCGCGAGGCCUUCCCCAAGAUGAUGGGCGAGGAGGGCAUUACGGCGUUCUACAAGGGUCUGGUGCCGCUGUGGUGCCGCCAGAUUCCGUACACCAUGAUGAAGUUCGCUUGCUUCGAGAAGACCGUCGAGCUGCUGUACAAGCACGUCGUACCGAAGCCACGUUCCGACUGCACCAAGGGCGAACAGCUGGUGGUGACGUUCGCCGCCGGUUACAUUGCCGGAGUGUUCUGCGCCGUGGUUUCGCACCCGGCCGAUGUGGUCGUGUCCAAGCUGAACCAGGCCAAGGGAUCGAGCGCGAUCGAUGUGGCCAAGAAGCUCGGCUUCAUGGGAAUGUGGAACGGCUUGACCCCGCGUAUCAUUAUGAUCGGUACGUUGACCGCGCUGCAAUGGUUCAUCUACGACGGUGUGAAGGUUGCUCUGUCCAUCCCGCGCCCACCCCCACCAGAGAUGCCCGAGUCGCUCAAGAAGAAGCUGGGCGUCGAGUAAAGUGCGGGUCCUGGAGUGUUACGCAAAUUCCGUGAUUAGCGAAUAAGUUUUACCAAAAUUCCAACGAGCCGGCCCGCGGCAUGGUGCGCGCUGGUCAGUGUGUAAUGUAAAAUUAACGUGUGCGGACAAGACCGCGUGUGACCAUCAAGUAAGAUCAAAAGUGAAAAUAAAGUACGGGAAUUGUAUGUUUAUAACGAUGUAAAACGAAAAA